GGACGACUAUGCCACGGACCGUCCGGCUGCAAGCGCAUCCACACGGCGGACGAGGCCCUAGAAGACGACAGCGCCACCGAGCCGGAUUACUCUCGACCGCAGCCUCUGCGCUGGCUAGCAGCAGACUGGUUUGAGAGUUUCUUCCUACAAAAUAGACGCCAGCAAAAAGCGACGUUUGGCCGCGAUGGCUGUUCUGUCAGAGACUGACGAUGACUUUGAUUUGUUUCCACGAAAACGGCGUUGUUGGCGGAAAGACUAGACGGGAUGGAAAUAAUUGGGGGUCCAAAACAUGCUCUACGAAGAGCUCCUGAAGACUGACCUCGACGAAUACCGGAGGCUGCUUCGUGUAAGCAGAGAGCAGCUUCUGCAACUUAUGACGCCAGUGGAGCCCCGCAUACGAAGGGAGGAUACCAUUAUGCGCCGUUCUAUAUCGGCGGAAACACUGCUGCAGGUCACACUGCGGUACCUUGCUUCAGGUUUCCUAAGGACCCAAAUGUGCGAAGCACGUGGGAGCGGGCUGUUCAGCGGGAAGGCUGGAAGCAAAAAGACGGCGAUCACAUGUGUUCGAGGCACUUCACGCCGGGUUGUUUCGACCGGGCCGGGCAGACGUAUGAUACGGCUGCGACCCGGAAGUUGUCCGACUGUGUUUGACGCAUUUCCAAACCACCUGCAAAGGCCACUGAAAAGAAAGCGACCACCACUGAGGCCUCGGAGUAGUCCAGCCGACAGAGGUGUUGAAGUUGACAAAGUUGUUGAAGAUGUGUCAGUUGCAUCACCUACAAAGCAACAUUAGAAAUAAAUGCUUCAUGUUUCUCCAGAGGAGAUAACAAGGCUCAAGAAGAUAAAAAUUCUGCUGCAGAGGAAGCGGAGAUUGACCAAAAAGAACGA